AUGGCGCCCGCCAUCGGUAUCGAUUUGGGUACUACCUACUCGUGCGUCGGCAUCUUCAGAGAUGACCGCAUCGAGAUUAUCGCCAACGACCAGGGCAACCGUACCACGCCCUCGUUCGUUGCCUUCACUGACACCGAGCGUCUGAUCGGUGACUCGGCCAAGAACCAGGUCGCCAUGAACCCCCACAACACCGUCUUCGACGCCAAGCGCUUGAUCGGCCGCAAGUUCAACGACGCCGAGGUCCAGGCUGAUAUGAAGCACUUCCCCUUCAAGGUCAUUGAGAAGGGUGGCAAGCCCAUCAUCCAGGUCGAGUUCAAGGGCGAGGAGAAGACCUUCACCCCUGAGGAGGUCUCGUCCAUGGUCUUGACCAAGAUGAGGGAGACCGCUGAGUCGUACCUUGGUGGCACCGUCAACAACGCUGUUGUUACCGUCCCUGCCUACUUCAACGACUCUCAGCGUCAGGCUACCAAGGACGCCGGUCUCAUUGCCGGCCUGAACGUCCUCCGUAUCAUCAACGAGCCUACUGCCGCUGCCAUCGCCUACGGUCUUGACAAGAAGGCCACCGGCGAGCGCAACGUCAUGAUCUUCGAUCUUGGUGGUGGUACCUUCGAUGUUUCCCUUCUUACCAUUGAGGAGGGUAUCUUCGAGGUCAAGUCCACUGCCGGUGACACUCACCUGGGUGGUGAGGACUUCGACAACCGUCUCGUCAACCACUUCGAUCUUACCGCCAACGCUCGUGCCCUCCGCCGUCUCCGCACUGCCUGCGAACGUGCCAAGCGCACCCUUUCCAGCUCUGCUCAGACCUCGAUCGAGAUCGACUCCCUGUUCGAGGGCAUUGACUUCUACACCUCGAUCACCCGUGCCCGUUUCGAGGAGCUUUGCCAGGACCUCUUCCGCUCCACCAUGGAGCCCGUCGAGCGUGUCCUCCGUGACGCCAAGAUCGACAAGUCGUCCGUCCACGAGAUCGUCCUUGUCGGCGGCUCCACCCGUAUCCCCAAGAUCCAGAAGAUGGUCUCCGACUUCUUCAACGGCAAGGAGCCCAACAAGUCCAUCAACCCCGACGAGGCUGUUGCCUACGGUGCCGCUGUCCAGGCUGCUAUCCUGUCUGGUGACACUUCUUCCAAGUCCACCAACGAGAUCCUUCUGCUCGACGUCGCUCCUCUCUCCCUCGGUAUCGAGACCGCUGGUGGUGUCAUGACUCCUCUGAUCAAGCGCAACACCACCAUCCCCACCAAGAAGUCUGAGGUCUUCUCCACCUUCUCCGACAACCAGCCUGGUGUCCUCAUUCAGGUCUUUGAGGGUGAGCGUGCUCGCACGAAGGACAACAACCUGCUCGGCAAGUUCGAGCUUACCGGUAUUCCCCCGGCGCCCCGCGGUGUUCCCCAGAUUGAGGUCACCUUCGACCUUGAUGCCAACGGAAUCAUGAACGUCUCCGCCCUCGAGAAGGGUACCGGCAAGACCAACAAGAUCGUCAUCACCAACGACAAGGGUCGCCUUUCCAAGGAGGAUAUCGAGCGCAUGCUUGCCGAGGCUGAGAAGUACAAGGCUGAGGAUGAGGCCGAGGCUUCCCGCAUCUCCGCCAAGAACGCUCUUGAGUCCUACGCUUACUCCCUCCGCAACACCCUCUCCGACCCCAAGGUCGACGAGAAGCUCGACGCUGGCGACAAGGAGAAGCUCAAGGCUGAGAUCGACAAGGUUGUUGCUUGGUUGGACGACAGCCAGCAGGCCACCAAGGAGGAGUACGAGGAGCAGCAGAAGGAGCUUGAGGGUGUUGCCAACCCCAUCAUGAUGAAGUUCUACGGCUCUGGUGGUGAGGGCGGUGCUCCCGGCGGCUUCCCUGGCGCGCCCGGCGGUGCCGCUCCCGGUGGCGCUGGCGGCGACGACGGCCCCACCGUCGAGGAGGUUGACUAA